GCGGCGGGCGCGGCGCCGGCGGCCGGACGCAAGAUGAUGAAGUUUCGGUUCCGGCGGCAGGGCGCCGACCCGCAGCGCGAGAAGCUCAAGCAGGAGCUCUUCGCCUUCAACAAGACCGUGGAGCAUGGCUUCCCCAACCAGCCAAGCGCCCUGGCCUUCGACCCCGAGCUUCGCAUCAUGGCCAUCGGCACCAGGUCUGGGGCUGUCAAGAUCUACGGUGCGCCUGGCGUGGAGUUCACGGGCCUGCACCGAGACAUGACCACUGUCACGCAGAUGCACUUCCUGCCCGGCCAGGGUCGCCUCCUGACUCUGCUGGACGACAGCAGCCUGCAUCUCUGGGAGAUCAUCCACCGUAAUGGCUGUGCCCAUCUGGAGGAAGCGCUCAGCUUUCAGCCACCCGGUCGGCCAGGCUUUGAUGGUGCCAGUGGCCCGCCCAGCCUCACCCGCGUCACAGUGGUCCUGCUGAUAGCUGCUGGUGACAUGGCAGCCCUGGGCACCGAGGGUGGCAGCAUCUUCUUCCUGGAUGUUCCCACGCUGACGCUGCUUGAGGGGCAGACCCUUGGCCCUGACGAGGUUCUGCGAAGUGUACCAGAUGACUACCGCUGUGGGAAGGCCCUGGGCCCCGUGGAAGCUCUGCAGGGACACCUGCGGGACCCCACCAAGAUCCUCAUUGGCUACAGCCGAGGCCUGCUGGUCAUCUGGAACCAGGCUGCACAGUGUGCAGACCGUGUCUUCCUGGGGAACCAGCAGCUGGAGAGCUUGUGCUGGGAGCGUGGCGGCGGCACGCUGGUCAGCUCACACAGCGAUGGCAGCUAUGCCGUCUGGUCUGCAGACACCGGCAGCUCCCCGACAACGCAGCCCGUGGUAGCCACCACGCCCUAUGGUCCCUUCCCCUGCAAAGCGAUCAACAAGAUUCUGUGGCGAAGCUGUCAGUCUGGGGGCCACUUUAUCAUCUUCAGUGGCGGCAUGCCCCGCGCCAGCUAUGGCGACCGCCACUGUGUGAGUGUGCUCCAGGCCGAGACUCUGGUGACGCUGGACUUCACCUCCCGCAUCAUCGACUUCUUCACGGUGCACAGCACGCGGCCCGAGGAUGAGUUCGACGAGCCCCAGGCCCUGGCCGUGCUGCUCGAAGAGGAGCUGGUGGUGCUAGACCUGCAAACGCCCGGCUGGCCAGCUGUGCCUGCUCCAUACCUGGCCCCGCUGCACUCAUCCGCCAUCACCUGCUCGGCCCACGUCGCCAACGUCCCUGCCAAGCUGUGGGCCCGCAUCGUGAGCGCUGGCGAGCAGCAGAGCCCCCAGCCUGCCUCCAGCUCCUUGAGCUGGCCCAUAACCGGGGGCCGCAACCUGGCCCAGGAGCCAUCACAGCGAGGGCUGCUGCUGACUGGCCACGAGGACGGCACUGUGCGGUUCUGGGAUGCCUCUGGGGUGGCGCUGCGGCCGCUCUACAAGCUGAGCACAGCUGGCCUCUUCCAGACGGACUGCGAGCAUGCCGACAGCCUGGCCCAGGCCACCGAGGACGACUGGCCGCCCUUCCGCAAGGUGGGCUGCUUUGACCCCUACAGUGACGAUCCCCGGCUCGGCGUGCAGAAGGUGGCACUCUGCAAGUACACAGCCCAGAUGGUGGUGGCCGGCACUGCAGGCCAGGUGCUGGUGCUGGAGCUGAGUGACGCGCCGUCAGAGCAGGCAGUCAGUGUGGCCAGUGUGGACCUCCUCCAGGACCGCGAGGGCUUCACGUGGAAGGGCCACGAGCGGCUGAGCCCGCGCACGGGGCCCCUGCCCUGGCCCACUGGCUUCCAGCCCCGCGUGCUGGUUCAGUGCCUGCCGCCAGCUGCUGUCACUGCGGUCACGCUCCACACUGAGUGGAGCCUCGUGGCCUUUGGCACCAGUCAUGGCUUUGGCCUCUUUGACUACCAGCGCAAGAGCCCUGUCCUGGCCAGGUGCACCCUUCACCCCAAUGACUCCUUGGCCAUGGAGGGGCCGCUCUCCCGGGUGAAGUCGCUCAAGAAGUCGCUGCGCCAGUCUUUCCGGCGCAUCCGCAAGAGCCGAGUCUCAGGCAAGAAGCGGGCUGCCAACACCAACAGCAAGUUGCAGGAGGCCAACGCACAGCUGGCGGAGCAGGCCUGCCCGCAUGACGUGGAGAUGACGCCCGUCCAGCGCCGCAUUGAGCCGCGCUCGGCUGACGACUCCCUCUCGGGCGUGGUGCGCUGCCUCUACUUUGCUGACACGUUCCUUCGAGAUGCGGCCCACCACGGGCCCACCAUGUGGGCAGGCACCAACUCGGGCUCCGUGUUUGCCUACGCGCUGGAGGUGCCGGCGGCAGCGGCGGGCGGCGAGAAGCGGCCGGAGCGGGCGGUGGAGGCCGUGCUGGGCAAGGAGGUGCAGCUGAUGCACCGUGCACCUGUGGUGGCCAUUGCUGUGCUGGACGGGCGCGGCCGCCCAUUACCCGAGCCCUACGAGGCCUCGCGGGACCUGGCGCAGGCACCUGACAUGCAGGGCGGCCAUGCUGUGCUCAUCGCAUCUGAGGAGCAGUUCAAGGUGUUCACACUGCCCAAGGUGAGUGCCAAGACCAAGUUCAAGCUGACGGCCCACGAGGGUUGUCGUGUACGUAAGGUGGCACUGGCCACAUUUGCCAGCGUGGCCUGUGAGGACUACGCUGAGACCUGCCUGGCCUGCCUCACCAACCUGGGCGACGUGCACGUCUUCUCGGUGCCUGGCCUGCGGCCGCAGGUGCACUACUCUUGUAUCCGGAAGGAGGACAUCAGCGGCAUCGCUUCCUGUGUCUUCACACGCCACGGCCAGGGUUUCUACCUGAUUUCCCCGUCGGAGUUUGAACGCUUCUCCCUAAGUGCCCGGAACAUCACAGAGCCACUCUGCUCCCUGGACAUUAGUUGGCCCCGUGAUGCCACCCAUGCCAGCUACGAGCUCUGCGAGUCGCCCAAGCUGAGCCAGGCUAAUGGGACCCCGGGCAUCGUCCUGGCCCCACGGAGCCACGAUGGAAGCCCCAGUCCUGUCCACAGCAAGGGAGCUGACACCCCAGAGCCACCCGAGGCCACACUCUCACCCGUGUCCAUUGACUCGGCCACCAGUGCUGACACCACACUGGACACGACAGGAGACGUCACGGUGGAGGACGUGAAGGAUUUUAUGGGCUCCUCAGAGGAAUCGGAGAAGAAUCUGAGGAACCUGGCGGAAGACGAGGCUCGAGCCUGUGCCAUCCUGAUCAAAUGAAGUGCUGCAGGAAGGCCAGGACUACCCGGCCACCACCUGCCGUGCUCGGAGCUGGGAUCUAGGACCCCUGGCUCCUUCCUGGCCCUUCCCUUAGACCCACGUCUGCUAACCUGUGGGCUCCAGCAGGACCUGCCCACUCUGGCCCCAGGGCAGCCCAAAGGCGUGGGCCUGGGAUUCUGCUCAGAGCCUUUGGGGUGGGAUCAGACUGGCCUCUGCCACAGGCAGUGGGCUCCCCCGGAGACCAGGUGCCGUGCAGGGAGGACAGCUGAGGCUGGCAGCCUGUGUUGCCUCCUACUCCACACACCAUCCUUCCCCCCUCUCUUUGCAGAGUAUUUUUCUAACGCCUGUGCCUGGCUGGACAGUCAUUUCUAAAACAACUAUUUUGGUACUUGCCCCUGGGCCAGCACUCCCCACCCCCAGCCUGUGCACAAGUGUGAGUGUGUGUGUGUGUGAGUGACUGGGAGCUCUGCCAGGACUGGGGCCCAGUCAGGUGUGUUUGGGGGUGGUGGGGGUUAGGAUGGAUUUCCCUGUAGAUUGUACCUUGGGUCUUUUUUUUUUUUUCCUGUCAUUUUGUUAAAGUUAGUGCUGUUUUAAUAUUAAAAAUACUGAUUUUUAAUACUGAAAAUAAAAGCAUUUAAUAUCUCUUAAA